AGCCGUGUGGGAGUCACUAUCGUAGUGCGGACGCCAUGAAGGACGGCUGGGUGCCGGUUCCGUUGGGAGCCUCAUUGGCAUUUCUGGAGGUGGCGCCACCUGCACUGCCUACACCUCCUGCUCGGGGUCAGCUGGAGGCUGACAGUAGAAGCUUUAAGGACGGCGCCGGGCCCGUCCUCGCCGUGGCCGCCGCCGGCGUGGCUGCGGCGCUCUCGGUGCGGAAAGCGCGCAGGGCGCGGCGGGUGGCCCGCCGCUUCCGGGAUGAGGGGCGCAACGAGUCGGAACUGGAUUGGUCUGCUUUCAACAAGACUGUGAGUCAGAUGCAGGCAGAGCGAGAGGCAGAGGAGCGUGGCAUGCUUCCAGAAGCCAGUGAAGGCUGGAGCAGCUUUCAGCGCCUGCGGCCUGCCCCUUCGGCCUCUGGCAAGCUGAACGCCGAGUUGGCCAACGGCCGUCUCGCCCUCCUCUCCGCCAGCCGCCAGCCGGCGCCGGGCGCCCAAGCGCGAGCGCUGCGGCGGGCGGAGCCGGAGGAGAUCGAGACUGAGAUCCCCGCUGACGUUGCCAUGGAGCGCAAGAAGUUUGAUCUGAAGGAGUUGCCCAGCGACGAGGGAUAUGGCUGGAACCCUGAUGAGGUAGAGAAGGAGAAACCGUUUCAGCCGUCGGAAGUGGCCAUUGGCGUCACGGAGCCGUUGGGCUUCUUCGACCCCUUGGGCUUCGCCAAGAUCGGGGACUUCGAGGGGUUCCGCUUCAAGAGAGCGGCGGAGCUGAAGCAUGGCCGUGUUGCCAUGAUGGCCUCGGUGGGCUUUGUGGUGCAGCACUUCGUGAAGCUCCCGGGCUUUGAGCUGGCAGGGAGUGACUGGGUUAGCACCUUCAACACCAUGAUGACCGUCCCCGCGCUCUACCAAUUCAGCAUUUUGAUGGUCGUCAUCCUCUUCCUGGAGCUCAGCAUUUGGGCGCAGGAGGAGAGCCGGGAGCCCGGGGACUUCGGGGAUCCGUUCGGCCUGGGCAUGUACACCGCGGAGAUGCGCAACCGAGAGCUAAACAACGGCCGCUUCGCCAUGUUCGCCACCAUGGGCAUCAUCGCGGCCCAGAACUACACCGGCAAGGAUGCCAUUGAGCAGCUGGGGCUCUGAGGCGAUUCGCGAGCUUCCUCGCGAGGCCGGAGGAGUCGCCUCUCACGUGAGACGAGGGACGUGCAGCCUGAGAUUUGGCAUCCGGUUGCCAUCCACUUUCUCCAAAAAUGGCCAGUUGGCUCCAUGAAAGAAGACUGGGUUCAGAAGGGGAAUCAAA